GACAAUUGAGGAACAAAUUAUUACAUUAUUCUUGGCAGAUAGUAAAGUUUGGUUUUCUGCAAGCUUGUGCUGACAUUUCACUUCCCUUUCAGUGGAGUUACUAGCAGCUGGUCCUGGCGGUGCUGAGAAUCAACAGAGAUUCACCAUGAGAGGGGCUUUCUUCAAGGACAACUUCUGGAGCCUGGACAUCACCAGUAACAUCGGCUAUGACUGUCUCCUUCAACACAUGAACGAUGGCAGGAAGAACUGUAAAGAGUUUGAGGACUUCCUUAAAGAAAGGGCGGCCAUAGAGGAGCGCUAUGGGAAAGACCUGCUUACUUUAACAAAGAAAAAACCCUGUGGACAAACAGAAAUAAACACUCUGAAAAGGGCCCUAGAUAUCUUCAAACAACAGAUUGAUAAUGUCGGCCAGUGUCAUAUUCAGCUGGCGCAGGCCUUGCGAGACGAAGCAAGGAGGAUGGAGGAUUUCCGAGAGAAACAGAAAGCUGAACGUAAAAAGAUAGAAGCUGCAAUGGACGUAAUGCACAAGCAGAAACAGAUGCAGUAUAAGAAGACAAUGGAUAGUAAGAAGACGUAUGAACAGAAAUGUCGAGAGAAAGAAGACGCAGAGCAGAAUGUCGCUCGCUGCAACAAAAACACUAUGAAUCAGAAGCAACAGGACAAGAUAUAUGCAAAGUUGGCUCAUUCCAAGGUGACAUUGGAAGAUGCAGAUAAGACGUACCAGCAAAAUGUCAACCUAUUGGAUAAAAUCCGGGAAGACUGGCAGUCUGAGCACAUAAUGGCCUGCGUGUUUUUUGAAAAGCAGGAAUGGGAUCGGAUAAAUUAUUACCGGAACGCGGUGUGGACUCACGUCAACCAAUUGUCCCAGCAAUGCGUCGUCAGCGAUGGGAUCCAUGAAGAAGUCCGGAAGGGGCUGGAGAGCUGCAAUAUCGAAAGAGACAUUGAAUGUUUUACAGAAGGCCAUAGGACUGGAGAUAAAGCACCAGCUCCCAUCCCUUAUGAAAACUUCUACAGCAAUCAGAGGAAUUCAGCGCCAGUGACCAGGAGACCUCCACCACAAACUCCUAUCAGCAUUCCAGACGAUCCAGCCUACGCAUCACUGGAUGAUUAUAGAUUGUAGCAAUAGCCAAGAACGUGAUGGAUUUGGAAAGUCGUUCACCUGUACCCUCCUCCCUCUCAGGAAUGAAGAUAUACUGCAGUUAUUAUAUUUUUUAGGUGUUUUGUUUAGAAAGCUAUUUAUAAAGAGGCUGAUUAACUAUCGGCUACUGCAAUCAAGACGGCUCCCUGGAAUUUCAAUAAAACACAAGUCGGGGGCAAUCAUGCAAGGUCCAGUUUUUACAAGCAGCGUGAAACAUUGCAGCAUUCAUAGUGCCAACUGAGCACUGGGUGCAGAAAAACUGGGCAUCGUUCUUCUCAGGGAUUACCAACCAACGCCCUUGGGGCUAUUGACUUGAAAAGCACAUGGACAUAAGAGUCAAUAGAAUGUGUCCGGCUCAACCUGGAAUGUAUUCUUACAGAUCACCACUAGAGGGCUUCAUGGUUAAAAAAAAUAAAAAAAAAAUAAACUCAUUAUUGCCUGUCAAAUAA